AUGGGCAAUAGUGUGCUCAGGCGAUACCGGACACAGCCAGAGGCCAACAACAAUGAUGCAUGGCGCAAGCCAAAGGCAUCGAAGGCCAACGCUGCCAAAGACAAGGACAAGGCUCCGCUACCUGCGGAUGGCUCAAAGGUGGCACAGACUUGGCUCAGAGCUGGAGUCAAGAGUGUUGCUACCACUGCCCCAAGCGGAGGAGCCCAUUCUUCAAAGUCUGCACCGGACAAGGAAGAUGAUGACGACCUUGCAGAAUUUUCCAACUUGGCCGAUGCUGCAAACAAGGCGUGGGAGAAGACCAAAGAAACCGCGGUGAAGGGAAAGGACGAGAUGAACGCUCUAUUUGGGCUUUUCGAGUUGAAGGAUGCUGUUGAGCGCUCGGUUAAACGGGUCGAGGUGCUCCAGCGGCAGGUGGAGAACUUCACCACAAAAGUUCAGCAGCACGAAACAACCUUAGACGACUUGCGGCGGAAGAUCGAGGCCACUGCACCACCGCACGUUGGGCAGUGGAAACUUGGUGACAUGGCCAUCCGACGCGGAAAAGGCUUUUGCGAGCUUUCGCUGGUACAGCUGGACAUUCAGCCCCCGAUUUUCGAGGUGCGAAUGUCGACGAGUGGGAGCAUUGUUGGCACAGAGGCUGAAAAGCUCUUGCCGCUUUCCUCCCAGCAACAAGCUUUAGCAAAAGCAGCUUUAAAGGAACACGAACAGGCGAAAUCAGCUCUCCUUGACGCAGAAAGCAACUUAGCACAAGCACAGGAGGACUCUCGGCAGCAACAUCAAAGCCUCACCGAGCAAGUGGAGAAGAAAAUCAAGGAGCCGAUGUCUCCUCCAGGUCUACCUGAGUUGAGCCAGCUCCAAAAGCAGGGAACAUCAGAUUUCAAGGUGCCGAGUGGACCUGCUGGCUUUCCAACAGUUGAAGAUCUUAGCAGGAUGCAAAAAGAGGCAGACCGCCAGAAACUAGACGCUUCUAGGGGAUCCUAUCCGGCACCACAUGCAACAAGGGAGGUGUUCACACGUCCGGAGGUUGACAAAGUCAGUGCAAGUGAUGUCAAGGCCGACAAAGCCGGUGUGACAGUGGAUGCCAAGGAGUCUACCACCAAGAGUGUGUCACGAGAGACGCCCUUCGUUCCCGCUGGAAUGCCUGGUAUCCCAACUUCUGGCAGCGCCGGCACAGCCUCCAAGGCCCAGACGUCUUUGCACCAGAAGCGUGCGCAGCAGGAAGCUUUCUUGCAUCAACAAGAGGCGCAAUUGCAACGAGAGGAGGCGCAGAGGCAGCAGCAGCAAGAGGCUCAAAGACAACGUGAGGAAGCUGAGAGGCAAAAGCAGGAGGAGUGGCAGAACCGGAAACAAUCCAAGCAGCAGCAGCAGCAACAGCAGUCUGCAUCCAAGGCGCCGGAGCAACCGCAGACAGAGUGGGUCCGAUACAAGACUACCGACGGGCAAGUCUACUACCACAACGAGAAAACAAACCACACGUCUUGGUCCCUACCUCCUGGAGUUACAGCUCGCGAACCAACCGCUGCGGCGACCGGACAACAAGGCACUUCGCAGUCUCAGGAAGAGCCCUUCGCUGACUUGCGAAGGCAGGAGGAGGAGAAUAAGAAGCAACGAGAGCAGUGGCAACAGUGGUAUCAGCAAUACACAGCUUGGUAUUCUCAGCAGGCUGGUGCUGGUGCUAAGGGUGACAAGCCAGCUGGACAGCAGCAGCAACAACAACAGGAGCAGCAGGGCAGCCAAAGCACCUACAUCCCACCAAAAGGACCUGCUCCUCCCAAGCUGGAUGCUGCCUUCGAAGAUCAUGCGCUGUAUCAGAUCAAAAGUUCUGUGCUCAAGGAGAUGGAAUCAAUGGUCAAUGAGGGAUUGGAGGUGGCAAAGCGGAAGAAAGCUCUCAGGUUUCUGCAACUAAAAUGGCAUCCUGACAAAAAUCCGGACAAGCUGGAGAUUGCGAAGAGCAUUUUCCAGUUCAUCGAAGACACAAAGCCAUGGUUCUUGCAUGACCCCAACGCGGAGGGCUGA